GUUUUUUUUUUUUUUUUUUUUGAGAGGGAGGAGAGACACGUUUUUGCCCCCCAUCUCGGGGAGUUCAGGCCCAUCGCAAAUGGCUUCUUUUCCCGAGUCCGACUUCCAGAUCUGCCCUCUGUGCAAGGAGAUGUGCGGCUCGCCGGCUCCCCUGUCGUCCAACUCCUCCACCUCCUCGUCCUCCUCACAGACCUCCAGCUCCUCCGGGGGCGGCGGCGGCUCCUCCUGCGGGGGCCCGCCGCGGCGGCUCCACGUCCUGCCCUGCCUGCACGCCUUCUGCCGCCAGUGCCUGGAGGCGCAGCGGCACCCCGGCGCGGGGGACGCGCUCAAGCUGCGCUGCCCCAUCUGCGACCAGAAGGUGGUGAUCUCGGAGCCCUCGGGCAUGGACGCGCUGCCCUCCUCCAACUUCCUCCUCAGCAACCUGCUGGACGUCGUCGUCGUGGCGGCCGCCGCCGACGAGCAGAAGAACGGCCGCGCCGCCGGGGCCGGCCCCGCCGCGGGCUCUGGCGGGGGCGGCGGCAACAACCGGCACCACGGCCGCCCGCCGCCGGGGCCGCCCCGCGCCGCCGGCUCCUCGCCUGCCGCCGCCGCCUCCGCCGCGCCCUCCUCGACGUCCUCGUCGUCCUCCUCCUCGGGCGGCGGCGGCUCGGCGGCCCUCCUGAUGCGGCGGCCCCACAGCCGGCAGGGCGAGCCCCGCUGCAGCUCCUGCGACGAGGGCAACGCCGCCAGCUCCCGCUGCCUCGACUGCCAGGAGCACCUGUGCGACAACUGCGUGCGGGCGCACCAGCGCGUCCGCCUCACCAAGGACCACUUCAUCGAGCGCUUCGCCGCCGGCCCCGCCGCCGCCGGCCCUGCCGCGCCGCUCGCCCUCAGCCCGCCCUACCCCGGCUCGCCCUACAAUAUCCUCUCCGUCUUCCCCGACCGGGCCAGCUACUGCCAGCACCACGACGACGAGGUACUGCAUUUCUACUGUGAUACCUGUUCUGUCCCCAUAUGUCGGGAAUGUACCAUGGGACGACAUGUGGGUCACAGCUUUAUCUACCUCCAAGAUGCCCUACAGGACUCCAGGACUCUCACCAUUCAGCUUCUGGCAGAUGCUCAGCAAGGACGACAGGCUAUUCAACUGAGUAUUGAACAGGCCCAGGCUGUGGCAGAGCAAGUGGAGAUGAAAGCAAAGGUGGUACAGUCUGAAGUCAAAGUAGUGACCACUAGACACAAGAAAGCCUUGGAAGAGCGGGAGUGUGAGCUGCUCUGGAAGGUUGAAAAGAUUCGCCAAGUCAAGGCCAAGUCCCUCUACUUGCAAGUUGAGAAGUUGCGUCAGAACCUGAACAAGCUGGAUAACACCAUUAGUGCUGUUCAGCAGGUCCUGGAGGAGGGCCGUACCAUGGAUAUCCUUCUGGCUCGGGACCGCAUGCUGGCUCAGGUGCAGGAGCUGAAGAACGUCAGAGGCCUUCUGCAGCCCCAGGAAGACGACAGGAUCAUGUUCACCCCCCCUGACCAGGCACUGUACAUGGCCAUUAAGUCAAUGGGCUUUGUCAGCAGCGGGGCCUUUGCUCCCUUGACCAAAGCCACGGGGGAAGGCCUGAAGCGCGCGCUGCAGGGCAAGGUGGCCUCCUUCACCGUGAUCGGCUACGACCACGACGGGGAGCCUCGCCUGUCGGGGGGCGACAUGAUCUCGGCAGUGGUCAUGGGCCCCGAUGGAAACCUGUUCGGGGCGGACGUCAGCGACCAGCAGAACGGCACCUACCUGGUCAGCUACCGUCCCCAGCUGGAGGGAGAGCACCUGGUGUCCGUGAUGAUGUGCAACCAGCACAUCGAGAACAGCCCCUUCAAGGUGCUGGUGAAGUCGGGACGCAGCUACAUCGGCAUCGGGCUGCCGGGGCUGUCCUUCGGCAGCGAGGGCGACAGCGACGGCAAGCUGUGCCGGCCCUGGGGCGUCAGCGUGGACAAAGAGGGGUUCAUCAUCGUCGCCGACCGCAGCAACAACCGCAUCCAGGUGUUCAAGCCGUGCGGCACCUUCCAUCACAAGUUCGGCACGCUGGGCUCCCGGCCGGGCCAGUUCGAUCGCCCCGCCGGCGUGGCCUGCGACGUUUCGCGGAGGAUCGUCGUGGCCGACAAGGACAAUCAUCGCAUCCAGAUCUUCACGUUCGAGGGGCAGUUCAUCCUGAAGUUCGGGGAGAAAGGAACCAAGAACGGGCAGUUCAAUUACCCCUGGGAUGUGGCUGUCAACGCAGAGGGCAAGAUCCUGGUCUCCGACACGAGGAACCAUCGCGUGCAGCUGUUCGGGCCCGACGGCGUCUUCCUCAACAAGUACGGCUUCGAAGGGGCGCUCUGGAAGCACUUUGAUUCCCCCAGAGGCGUGACGUUCAAUCACGAGGGCCACCUGGUAGUGACGGACUUCAACAACCAUCGCCUCCUGGUCAUCCACCCCGACUGCCAGUCGGCGCGCUUCCUGGGCUCCGAGGGCACCGGCAACGGGCAGUUCCUGCGCCCGCAGGGGGUGGCGGUGGAUCAGGAGGGGCGCAUCAUCGUGGCCGACUCCAGGAACCACCGCGUGCAGAUAUUCGAGUCCAACGGUAGCUUUUUAUGCAAGUUCGGCACUCAGGGAAGCGGCUUCGGUCAGAUGGACCGUCCUUCAGGUAUCGCUGUCACCCCUGAUGGCAUGAUUGUCGUGGUCGACUUCGGAAACAAUCGAAUUCUCGUCUUCUAAUCCGUGUUUGAAUUAGGAAGAAACUGUCUCAGGGAAAUUCUUCUAAGAGAAAAUGAAAAAAAAUACAACGUUAAUUCAAACCUACCUCAUCUUUAAUUUUUUUACAGAUGAAUGUACUUAACCUUUUCUGCAGGGAGUGAGCCUGUAAAAUUGAAUUCUAUCUACCUCAUUGUCCUCCUUUCCCUCCCCGGUUUCUCGCCCCCUCCCCAUCCCCACAUACUCAUAGUUCAGAACGUUUUACCUCUUUCCCCCGAUGGGGUUUCAUGCACAAACAAGAGUUGCUGUGCACAUUAGGUGGUUUGUGUGGUGAGUUCUGUUAGACUAAGCCAAGAA